AUGUCGGGAAUAACUUAUAGAGAACGUGGAGGCAAUCGUAGAGGAAAUAAAAAAAAUCUUCCAUUAGUAGGAUUUCGUAAUAAUCGUAUACAACCACAAUUAUUACAACAACCAAUCUAUCCAUCAUUUAUACAUGAUCAUAGUAAUAAUUAUCUUACUUGUCCCAGAAAUCAUCAACCAUUUAUUUCGGUAGGACAACUGACCCAUCCUACAAUUAUUAACGGAAGACUGAACAUGAGUAUACCACCACCAUCACUAGCAUAUCCAUUUCUUCCACAAAAUAUACCACCAAAUGGUACUACUGUAGCAUUUUUUGCUCAACCACAAUAUUUAUCAAAUCAACAACCAGGAAUGAGAUAUAAUGGAACAUAUCAAUCAUAUGUUCCAACAAUAUCCAUUCCGCAAAAUAGUCAAAAUUCAUCCGGUUCACAAGGACAAAUACCAAUACAAAAUUUUCAACCACAUCAAAAUAGUCAACCAUACAUAUCUGGUAUACAAGGAAUGACUUUGAAUCAACCAUAUAUAUCAAAUCAUCCAUUAUACACCAAUACACAACCACCUUUUACAACUAUUCCUCCUUUACCAAAUUUUCAACAUAUUCAACCAGUUGUAACUGUUCAUCCAAUUCCAUCAAUUAUACCAUCUUUUCCAGGAAUAGUUUCGCAAAAUAUGAUACCAUCAAACAAUUCAUUACUUCAUCCAAUUGGAUCAAAUUUACAUACAUUACCUCCUGAAUCUAAUGAUAUUGUAUCAUUAGGUGGAGUUCAAUUUUCAACGAUAGGACAAAGUAAUGAAAAAAAAGAUAAGAUUAAACGUGAAAACCGUGAAAAAAUUCCUUUGAAAAUUUUGGAUCCUAAUACAAAUGAAGAAAUUAUUGAUACUCCAUCAGAGGUAAAACCAAAAUCUGAUAUUGCUUUAGAUGAUUGUGUAAAAAAUACAAAUAAUAUACAAUCAACAAAUAUGAUAGUUGUUCAAAGUCGAGUAAUGACACCAAAUUCAACGUUGUUACAAAAUCAACAAAUAAAUAAUCAAUCACAUAUUAUUUCUAAUGGAAUUUAUCCAAUUCAUUAUCCAAUAGAAAAUCAUCAAAUAAUGCCAAAUUCUCACUAUAUUCCCAAUUCACAGUUGCAAAGAAAUCAAUCAAAUAUUUAUAUAAAUGCCGCAACAGAAAAUUUUAAUACAAGAGAACAUAAUAAUUGUAAUGGAAUUUUAUAUAAUAAUAAUAAUAAUAUAAGAUAUCAUACUGGUAAUGAAUUUCAUUCAAAUUUUAAUGAUAUUGAUAGAAAAAAUUUUCCCAUAUCUUCAAUUAAUAAUAUUGAUUCAAAUAAUAACAAUUCUAUAGUAAAAAAUAAUAUUAAUGAACAUUCAUCUAUUUCAAGUAUACAAGAAUCAACUAAAAAAAUAUCUAUCACUAAUAAUAAUAAAUCUAUUAAAAGUUAUAAUGGUGGGACAAAUACAUAUUAUACAAAUCAUCUCAUAAAUAAUUUACAUACUCAUUCAGAAGAGGAAAAUGAUAAAAACAUUUCAACUCCUGAUAAUCACAAUCAUGUUUAUGGAAUUAAAAAUAAAAAAAGAAAAAAAAUAAAAAAAAUUACAAGAGAUUCUUUAUCAUAUCCAUCAUCGGUUCCUUCUAUAUUUAGAGGAGAACAUACAUCAUAUAGAAGUAUAUCAUCAAAUACAAUAAGAAAUUUAUCACCUUUUAAAGAUAAGCAAACAUUUCGUAGGGGUAAACAAUCAAAUUUAAAUGAAGAAUCAUCAAAUUUAAAAUUACAAAAUUUAUUAACAUAUAAUUUUGAAUCUUUAACAAUAAGAAAUAUUUUAUUACCUUCAGGAACAAAACAAAUUCCUAUUAUUGCUGGUGGUAAUAACAAUAAAAAUUAUAAAAAAACAUUAAAUGAAUCUUCUCAAACAUCACAAAAUGAAUCACUUGUGAAUGAUAAUUAUUGUAAUACCACUUCAAUAGAUUUAAUUGAAAAUUCAUUUCAUAAUAAAAAUUUAAAUAAUAAUGAAAAAAAUGAUAAAAUAUUUGAUGAUAAUUUAAGUAUUUCAAAUCAAUUGAAUAUUAAAAAUACAAAAAGAAAAAAUAAUAAUGAUGAAGAAAAAUUAUUAAUUAAUAAUGAAAACAAUAAAACUGAUAUUUUAGAAAAUUGUAAUGAUAAUGUAAAUAAACAAUCUAUUAGUUCAAGUAAUGUUCAAAUUUCUGGAGAAUCUUUAUUACCAAUAAUAAAUAUAGAUAAAACAGAAGAAGAUAAAUAUAUUAAAGAUGAAGAUAAUCAUGAAAAAAAAAAAAAAACAGAUAAAAAAAAUAAAAAAGAAAAUAAAGGAAAUUGUGAUAAAUAUAACAAUCAAAAUAGAAAAAAAAAGUAA